UUAUUCGUCGGUUACUCGUCUUUUGUCUUAUUUUAUUAUGCCAUUACCGAGGCCGGCCGUAAAGAGUAGCGAGACGGUUUGUCUGUUCCCGGUUCUCGCCCUUGUUUAUCUGGGGGUAGUCGCGGGGCCUGCGGCAGUGAGUCCGCCGCCCGCCCGGCGAUGCCACGCGCCGCGCCCGUCCCGUCGCCGGCUCGCGCUCGCCACCGCACGUGAAACCUCCUCGGACUUAUGAAUUUGUACGAAUAUGAUAAAAUGACUUUUAUACGUUUAUACUGUGCGGUGUGGGUGGCGCUGCUCAGCGGCUGCAGCACGACAGGUCGGGAAUUGCCUGACGGACAGAAUGUAGUGUCAGUAGCGCCUAUUGAAGUUGCUGACGAGUCCAUGUACCCGAGGUUCGCCGAGCCCAUCCCGAAUGUGACAGUCACCGUUGGCCGAGACGCCCUGCUCGCCUGCGUCGUAGAUAACUUAAGAGGAUUUAAAGUAGCGUGGGUGAGGAUGGACACCCAAACUAUACUAAGUAUACACCACAAUAUAAUAACUCAGAACCCGCGAAUAAGUCUGUCGUACAACGACCACCGCUCGUGGUACCUCCAUAUCAAGAACGUCCAGGAGAUAGACCGGGGGUGGUAUAUGUGCCAAGUCAACACCGAUCCAAUGAGAUCCAGAAAAGGAUAUCUACAAGUUGUUGUGCCUCCAUCCAUCAUUGAUAACAUGACGUCCACGGAUCUGGUGGUCCGUGAAGGUUCGGACGUGUCGCUGGUGUGCCGCGCCUCCGGCUACCCCGAGCCCUACGUCAUGUGGAGGAGGGAGGACGGACAAGACUUUAACUAUAAUGGAGAAUCAGUCAGCGUCGUUGACGGGGAGACGUUGACGAUAUCAAAGGUGUCACGGUUACACAUGGGCGCGUACCUGUGCAUCGCCUCCAACGGGGUGCCGCCUUCAAUCAGUAAAAGAAUCAUGCUGAUGGUACAAUUUCCGCCGAUGUUGUCGAUACCCAACCAGCUGGAAGGGGCUUACAUCGGGCAGGACGUGACGUUGGAGUGUCACACGGAGGCCUACCCCUCCUCCAUAAACUACUGGACUACGGAUCGCGGCGACAUGAUCAUUUCUGAAAUGGAAAUUGUAGGUGGCAAGUACGAGGCGUUCCCCGUGGACAGCGGCUACAACAAGUUCAUGAUGCUCAAGAUCAGGAACAUAUCCAAGGAUGACUUCGGUUUCUACAAGUGCAUCGCCAAGAACUCCCUGGGCGAAACAGACGGGAUCAUCAAACUCGAUGAAAUACCAGCACCGCCCUCUGCAUUCACGACAACGCAGAAGACUAUAUUGGACAAUCAAACCAUAAGAAAGAAAGGUCAAUUGCAAGUGGUCCAGGCAAGCGACGCGAUCAGCUCGACUUUCCAAGGUGAAGCUUACGGUGAACAAAUCAGAGAUUUUGAUUUCUACGAGAACGACAGCGCCGCCUGCACUCACAAAUUAGAUCGCUUUAUUUUACUACUACUCUUACUUGUCCACAGUACAUACCGUCUCGUACAGUCCUGAUAAAUGUAUAUUUUUAUAUUCGAUAGUUUCGUGUUCCUAUUUUAGUGUUUCUUUAAGCUGAACAGACAAUAAGUUUUACUCAGAAUCAAACCGAAACGCUGUCGCCAUGUACUACGAAUUGUAAUUAUGUUAACUUAGCAUAUUCCUUGUGUCGCCGUACAUUUCAAGAUUUGCUUUUAAUUAAUUUUAUGCUCGUAUAUCCUGAAUUAGAGAUGUUGAAAUAGAGAGCAAUAUUUAAUGUGUAUUAAAUUAUUAUAUUAUUAUGACAAUUUUACUUUCUAAUUAGAUAUGGUGUUGAUUUCGUUUUAGUAGCUUAGCCUACCCAUUCAAAAGGUUCAAUGAUUUCGAGUCUAUAUAUCUUCUUUUUUAAUAGGAAUAUCUAAAAAACUAUGUAGGAGGCCGUUAAAUAUCAACACUUGUUCAUAUUUUAUUUAUGUUAAAUGUGAUUAUAAUUUUAUAUUUUGAGAUAUUUCUAGUUGUUUCGUAAUGCUGUAAAUGUUAGAAUUAGAUAAGACUAGACUAUGUAUCGAAAUGUAGACAAACGAAACUUUUGUAAUUUACUGCUACAAAAAAACUGCCAAAGACGUGUGAAUAAAACAGCUUACUUAU